CUCACGGGUCGUUCCCUCCUGGCAGACUAUUAUAGUUCGUGAUGGCUUGACCAACAUCUCGCCCUGUGCUCUGGCGAAUGGAAUGCACGAGCUGCUUUCUUGCUCUGGCGGAAAGAUCUUUAUUUAUAUUGACUUGGAUAUUUAUAUACUUUUUUGCCUCCCAUUUCUAUUUUCCCAUUUUCCCAUUUUCCCUCACCGCACCGUCCACCUCGCCCGUCCCCCGCCGCGGUUCCUCUUGCCCCCCGUGCCAGAGAAAGACUCUUGUAUCUCUUUCAUUUGAAUACAACGAGGAUUUCUCCAUUCUUCAUUCUCCAUUCUUCGUUCUUCUUUCUGACCCCCUCCUGUCCUUUCCCCCUCCCACCAACUUGCGGUCAGAGGCGACGACGGUCCCUACCAGCACCAGCGUGACGAGCGAAGUUGCGAGGACCUCGGCGACGACACCAUACGGGAUUCGAAUCUCUUCGCAGCGUCCACUCACUACUUACUUACCAUUCACCAUUCACCAUUCACCAUUCACCAUUCAACGUCCUCAUCCACCUCCCCCUCUCUCCCGGCCUUUCCGCCAAUCUUUCGUGGCGCGACUCGCUGCUUUCUGGGUAUUCGCCUGCCAAGUCGUCUUCAAGAGGAGGAGGUUUCGCCGGCACGAGUUCCACAUAUUAUAGAAUUUUUCUGCCAGAUAAUCCACCGCUGUCUCGACCACGUCGCAGAGUCACAACCCAUCUCUACUUUCCCAACUACGAGACCCGCGGACUUCGAGGUCAGGACAUCAAGACCUUC